AUGAUAAAAGACUAAUCAGAAAUAAGUCAUAGAAAUCAAAGUGAAUAAUGUUUAAGUAGCUUAAUAAUAAAAAAUACCGAAAUACCCGAAAUACCUAUUCAAAAUAAAAAAAAUGAAACAAUAAUAUUUUAAUACUCAAUAUAUAAGGGUAGACCAGCAACAAUAUUUUUUGAAUACCCAAGCGUAUGUAAUUAAAAAAGAGAUAAAGCAAGAACAUUUGAAAUAAAAGAGAAAUAAAUAAUAUAAAAAUAUGAUUUAAAAUAUUCUACAGGCUCAGUAUUAAAACCAUUUUAUUGUGUUACUUAAUGUUUUGAAAAUGCAGGUUUUAGAAAAUGCUAAUAAGAACUCAAUGAUUGGAAUGGACAUUGGGCAGGAAAAAUGAGAAAUACUAAGAAAAUGAACAAAUUUUAAAAAACUAACCAUUUCCCAGGAUGUUGGAAUUUAGGAAGAAAAGAUUUAUUAUGGAUGCGUUAAUCUAAAAUGAAAAGAUAAUUUCCUAAAGAAUAUAAUUUUUUGCCUACUACUUAUUUAUUAAAAUGUGAAUGGGAAGCAUUCGUUAAUAAAAUAAAUAAAAAAAAAAAUAAACAAAUUUGGAUUUGGAAGCCUGUAGCUUCUGCAUGUGGUAGAGGAAUUCAAAGAAAUAUUGAUGUAAAUAAAAUAUUUUCACAAAUACACGAUAUUAUUAUUAAAACAUGUAUUGCAGUAGAACCUUUUAUGCUAAACUCAAUAAAUAAAUAACCUGAACAUCGAAAUAAUUGCUUUGAAUUAUAUGGGUUUGAUGUUCUUGUUGAUAAAAAUUUAAAAGUUUGGCUUUUGGAAGUAAAUGUUUGCCCUUCUUUAAGUUCUACUUCACCUUUGGAUAAAAUAAUAAAAACCUCAUUAAUAUGUGAUAUUUUACAUAUUGUAGGAUUUUAAGGUUAUUAUAAAAAAUAGUAUAAAAAAUAAUAAUAAUAAUAUAGUAAAAUAAAUUAAAAUAUAAAUGUUGUAGAAGAAAAUAAAAUUUUAUUUUCCAGAGAUAUUAAAUGUAUUAGUGAAUUAAAUUAUGAUAAUUGCUUUGAUUUGCUCAGUGAUUAAGAUUGGGAAGUCAUGUUUUAAACUGAUGAAGAGUUUUAUAGAAAAGGUCAGAAUUUUAAAAGAAUUUUUCCUCCAGAAAACACUAAAAAAAUAAGAUAUUAUUCUUAGUUUUUUUAGUUUAAAAGAUAUUAUAAUGAAAUAAUUUGGAAUAUGUACAACUCUGAGUAAAAUUACUUAGAAAAAAUUUAUAAAAAAAAUGAUUGA